CAUUAAUGAACAAUAUACGAUAUUAGAGAAAAUAAAAAUAUAUCCAACAUUAUAAAAAUUAAUUGGUAUUAAUUGAUUAGUUAAAAAGUAUCUUCAUACUUUGCAAUACUUAUAAAGUAUUAUUAACUUUCGACUAUCACUUUUAACCUAAAAGGACAGAUACGUAGUUAGAAAGCGCAGUUAGAAUUUGUUAUUAUAUACAAAUAAUGAAUCCAAAUUCCCUUUCCAAAAUUACCAAAGAAUACUAUAAUAAUCUUUUGGAUAGCAACGUAAUAGAUCAUGCGUAAUAUAAAAUGUAUAUUAUGAACGAACGUCGCAAUUGAUCGAAGAAUCGAAAGAGAUCGUAGAAACUGUGUAUAUACGUAUAUACACACAUAAUAAGUAGGCUUUCUCGAAAAAAAAAAUUUGUCCAUGGCGGCGUAAAAAACUUUGAAAAUAGUGAAACAGUUAUCGGAUGAUCAGUCGUUCUUGAGAAAGGAUACGAAAGAAGGCAGGAAGAAAGGAAGGAAGGCAGAGAGAAGGAGUGAGUAACGUGGUAGGAGGUUGGUCGCGAUUGAAUUUCAGUCGAAGCGCGCCAGGCAGAGCGAACGUGGGUCUCGACUGGGCUAGUCUUCUUUUUUUUCGUGUUCUAUUCUAUCUCUUUCACUGCGACUGCGCACGAGGAGAGCGCGAGUUUGCUGCUCGGCCUCGGUAAGCGCGUGUUACGUCGCGCGCGCGCGCGCGCUCGCGCGUUCUCUCGAUUCUCUCCGUGCGUUCGCGUUUCAUACCGAACAGCGUGCGGUAUCUCUCCUGCAUGUUCCUUGUGAUAUUCCGGACGACGAAUAGAAAAGAAAGAUAAAGGAAAAUAAGUGAAACUGGUGCGGUGUUGUGAGGUGUAAUGUGUUGUGUUCGUUACUCGAGAUGGAUGCGUUUCGAGAAGCGAACGAGAGCGUGUCUCGUACAAAGAAUUCGUUGGUGUGAUCAUCUAGGAACAAUUUUGAUUACGAGAAGAAAAGAGAAGCCAAGUUAAGCGAGAAUGGAAUUUGGUGGUUACAAAGGGACCGGAUCACGCGUCAGGAUGCGUCGACGUGCAGAAUUGGGAAGACGUUUAACAAGGAGACUCUCAUUGGUCGCAAAAAUGCCGGCUGCCAUUCUUAACAGGGCAAAUCCGCCCGAACUUAGAUCAAUCGAGAUCACUGCAAUCGCACCCGACAAGACUCAACUCGCGCUAUCUGCCUCGUCUCCAGGAGCUAUAUCUCCUGUGGUUGCACCCGUUCUUUUAAAGUACCGAGUAUGCAAGCCAAGAUUAUUGCUCGCUGGUUCGAGAGCUGAAAUCGAUCCUGCAGCCGAUGUUGCACUUCUUCAUGGAGAAAUUUUGCUGAUCGAAGAUGCAGCAAGACAAUACGAUCCACGAGGUGAUAUCGAUCGAAGGUACAGAGCAACGGAGAAACUUUUACACGCAGAGGAAGACUAUCGAGAGACGUUGUGUAGCGCGAAAGAACUCUACGCCCGACCACUCGCUCGAACUUAUCCCGAAUUUCACGACGUCAUUUUCCAACCACUUGCCGAUCUUUCAAGAGUCAGUAGUGAACACUGUCAAAGGAUACACAAAGUACUUGAGAAUUGGGAUGCCAGUACUUUCAAACAGAGUGACUUAUUUCCAAAUUCUUUCUGGAAGUCUUAUUGGGAAUAUCUGGAAAGCUAUAGCGAGGCUAGAAGAACCCUGGAGGAAUUGAAAGCUUCUGAGGACACUCUGCUACAUUUUCUUACUUUGAGACAAGCUGCUGCGAGACAUUCGCCAUUGUCUUUACUUCUUCUACCGGUCCAAAGGUUAGCUGAAUAUGAAAGGUAUCUCGGACAAGAAGCGAGAAAUUUGUCAGAGAACGGAAACGGAACCGUCGGAAGUGGUUCCGUCUUACAACGUGGCCAACUCGAGGGUGAUCUUCAUCGUAUCCAAGAGCUCUUUCCCGGUGACAAUUUGCGACUGCAUGAACGGGAUGUCCUUACCACGAAAAUGAAGAGUCUGAUUCGUAAGAGGAACGGUACAAAUCCAGGCAGAUUAACUAGAGUGUUGUCCCAAAAAUCUCUAAAUGUUUCAAAUAAUUCACCGCCCUCGAAGUCACCACCUAGAACAUUUCUUUUGGAAACACCGGUACAAUUUACAACGGGUAUGCAAUCACAAGAAAGACAUCUUUUCCUGUUCUCCGACCUCCUGCUGAUCGCGAAAGCACGAAGCGGAGGAAACUUCAAGUUGAAACAAUCCGUGAGGAUGAGCGAACUCUGGCUCACCGCCGGUCAUAUAGAUGACGUAGCGGAAACGAGCAAAUCUCAGGAAACCAGCUUCGUACUUGGCUGGCCAACGACGAACGUCGUGGCUACCUUCAUGACCGCAGCGGCAAGAGAUCUUUGGUGGGGUCGUCUUACCGAGCUUGUACGAGAGGAAAGCAUGAAGGAACCACCGGAUACGAACAUUCAAGUCGUGUAUCACGACAGCGACACGAACACGGAAUACUGUAAAACGAUAAUGGUUGGAUCCGAAAUGACGGCGGCAGCUUGUGUGAACUUGGCGACUAGACUGUUGGAUCUUCAAGGACCGUUUCAACUUUGGGCCAGAACGUCGUCGGACGAAGCACCGUAUCCUUUGAUCGGUCAUGAAAGACCGUUCGCCGUGAAAAUGUCGAAUCUACGACAUACCUUAUCGGCCGAGGAAGGUUUCGACUUGGAACAUUGUAAUAAAUCUGGUCAUGACACUUGUCACUUUAUUCUCCGACCUGUAUCGAAGUCACCGAUAAAGAAGAACAAGUCGAAGAUCACGGGUCUGUUGAGAAGAUCGCUUUCCUUAAAUCCCAGCAUUUUCGGUGUGAAUUUAUCGAGGUUGGACGAAAACGGAUUACCAAAGCCCGUCUUGGUCAUGCUUCAGCAACUCUUCGCGAAGGGACCAUUCACACAAGGUAUCUUCCGAAAGUCGGCGAAUGUACGAAUCGUGCGAGAGUUGCGUGACCAAAUCGAGUCUACCGGUGAUCCGAGUUGUUUGGAAGCCGCACCGAUCAUAGCUGUGGCAGCUUUAUUGAAGGAUUUUCUUCGAUCUUUACCCGACCCACUUUUAACUUCUCAUCUAUUUCCUCUUUGGAUGGACAGUCUGGAAACACCAAAUCCUGUUCACACUAUUAAGAAUACUCUUGAUAGGUUGCCUAAAGCGAAUUAUACGUUGCUCUCGCAUUUGAUAUGCGUGUUGCAUCACAUAGCUAGGAGGUCGAAACACAAUUUAAUGUGCGCCAGUAAUCUCGGCGUUUGUUGUGGUCCGAGCCUUCUCUGGUCGCCAAAUCCCUCGGUAAAUCAAGGUAGAGCGAUUCCUACGUUGACGGAGAUGCUGAUUCGUCAUUGCGAGGUUCUGUUCGGUGAAGGUGUCACGCAACUUCUCGGUGAGGAACGUAGCGACAGUGGGGCCGAAGAAAGCACGGACAGCCUUCACUCAGGUGGGCUUUCUUUGGACAGUCUGGAUCUAACGGAACCUCCACGCAAAGAUCAUAUGUCCCUUUCUCGUGAUUCGGGCUUGACACUAUCCGAUUGUCAGCUCUUCAUCCCGGAAUCACCAGUCGGUUCGGAAGAUUCCGCUGUAAACGCGACGUCAUCGAGCUACGACAAGCCUUUGUUGAAAGAAGAUAACAAGUCUUAUGGAAAAACUUACAUCCGUGUUUAUAGCGGCUGGGAAGAAAGGAUGAAUUAUGCAGCAAAUGGGGGUCACCAUCAUUCGAAUAACGUGGAACAUAUUUUUAGAGAAGAAAGGAACAACGUGGGUUACCCAAAUCCAAACUUUCAACGGCAAGACUGGCUUAGAGCUCAGUUAAAAAGAACGCCGAGAUCUAAGCUGGAUGAACACGAACACCGCAAGGAGAGAUACGAUGAGAAAGACAUAUACGGUAGAGAUUACCUCAGACAAGAUUCCAUGAAAGAGAAUGUAGAAAAUUGUAAGGAUAUUUAUAGGACUUCUCAGUUGGACAUAUCUCGUGAACUUAGAACCGAAUACGAAAGAACGUCGCAGCAGGAGAUCUGUAAGGAGAGAGUUUCCGAUCAGGAUCUAUCAAGUGACACAUCCUUAUCGAACGAUCGGUAUGAAUUCAAGAAAGAGCAUUUCGGUGAAUUUAAAAAAGUCAAUUCAGAAAUCUAUGUAAAUCGUGAUUCACCGGUGUCGCAUAACGGCAGCUACCAUUCCAACGGCGAUCUCUAUGAAUUCAAGAAAGUCAAGAGCGAGAUUUACGUGAACAAGGAGAGUACUCGUACCGAAAGAUACGAGUCGGAUAGCAGUAUAUAUGGUAAUAGGGAGAGAGUGAACGAACUUUACGGAUCAUCCCGAGAAAGAAACGAUCUUUACUCGUUUAAACAGGCUGAGGCUAUCGAUUUGUAUGGUGAUGAAGACGAAGAUGAAGAGAGAAUUUGGCCGGAUACGCCACCACCUUUGCCACCGAGACUCAGGCACUUACCACCGGUUCACAUGAAUCUUGAGGAUAGACACAAGGUUGCCGGUAGAUCCAGAUCUUUACCACCACCUCCACCCUAUCGACCACCACCUCAACCUCGUGCACCGAUCACUACCAGGCAUAUGGGAUAUGGAAGAUCCGUCGUAGAUGAUGAAAGUUACGUUUGAAAGGGGAAUCUCUUGAAAAAUUCCUCUUUUGAUAAAUAAUCCGACAGUAAAAUUAGUUUUAUUAAGAAAAGUUUUUUUUUCUCUUUCUUUCUUUUCUUUUUUUUUCUUUUUUUUUUCUUCUUUUUUUUUUUUUUUUUAUCGCGUCGAUUAAAAUUAUAGAUACAAUCAUUACAGGCACAGAAAAUUUAUUUCCUUAGAUGUAAAAAAAGUUAAAUAAUAAAAACGUAUAUCCCUUUGUUAUUUUAUUUCCAAUCAUACGUGUGUUAUAUUCGUUUCUCUUCCCCCGAUGAAUUUUUGAAAGCCUGUAAGAUUUACAUCUAUAAUUUUAUAUACAUUCUAUGUAUCUUACUCUUCACCGUGACUGAAGCUAGUCCAAAUCGGGAAACACACGGUAAAAGAGGAUAUAGUAGAUGUAAAUUAUCCAGUUGCGUUGUAUUGGAUAGAUAGGUUGCGCUCUCACUUUUUUUUUCACAAAAGGAAUACGAUUAUAUCAAAAUUUCACAUUUGUGAUAAAGAAGUCGAAAACGUUAAUAUUCCUAGACGAAUUUUGACUUUUUGCUUUUUAUUAUUAUUAUUAUUAUUAUUAUUAUUAUUAUUAUUAUUAUUAUUAUUAUUAUUAUUAUUAUUAUUAUUAUUAUUAUUAUUAUUAUUAUUAUUAUCGAUUCAGGGUGCUUCCACAGCCGUAAAAAUAAUUAGAUUAAUUGGACAUCUAUAGACGUAAUUACAUAUAGAUAUAUUAUCGGAUAAGUACAGAUUAUAUUUAGACAAGACUCGCGUCGAAAUAAUAUUUGUAAUAAUUUCUUUUCCUUCUUUUUUUUUCCUUUUUUUAUAUUAUGUAACGAAAGAUAUUUUCUGUAAGUAUGUCAUUGACAAGAAUAAAGUGAUGUCUUCCCAUGUACAGAUCGCCAAUCUUUGUAAGAAACUUUAUGAUACAUCCGACGGAUUGUGACUCUGUAAUUAUUAUUUUAUCACGUAAUCGUAUUGCGAAACUUGUAGCUUUCCUUCGUGAUAUAUAAUUCUCUUGUAAAAUUAUCGUGACCAAACGCUCAAUUCUUAUAUAUAUUUCAUAUUAAAAAUGCAAUAUAUCAUUCGUACUAAAUCGUAUCUAUUAUUUCGACUCAGGUGUAACGGUUUCUUUCUCUCUCUUUCACUCUUUCUCUCUCUCACUCUCUUAAAUAUUAUUACAAUUUAACUUUAAUAAUAAAUGCGUUUUAAACGUAUUAUAAUUCAUAAAGGAAGACCGUGACCAUAUUUCUUGUAUAAUAGUCAUAACAUCGAUAAGUUUCGUUAAUUGUAAUUGUUUUAUAAAGUGUAGAUUUAUAUAGAGACGUAGAAUGCUUUAUUUUUGGAUAAAAGUGUGCGAUAAUCUUAGCGAUAUAAAAUAUAAAAUCUCGUCAGAAUAUUAUGUUCAGCAAUCCUUACUCUUUGUAUAUAUUCAUGUAAACAGUAGAACUCUUUUAUAAUUACUAAAUUUUUAAUACGUCUGAUGCCCAUAAGGAUAUGUAUACUUAUCUAAAUUAUAUACAUCAAUCUAUAAAAGUAAAAAUAUAUUUCGUAUUUUAUAA